AUGGUUCUCAGCCAGUACUUGCUGCAGUACUUGUUGUGCGUCCACCCGUACAAUGGAGGCCAAUGGUUGUAACGGUUCGUAGUUAAUUGUGCACAAGAACCCCUUUGAUACUGGUCGUCGGUGCACGUUCCUGAGGAGUGGAUGUAACAUCUGCUCUGCCCCUUCCUGCCUCGCAAUAACGCCCCACAAACUAACGCUCCACGCAUGGUUCUCGAGAGAUAAGGUGUAUGUAUCCUUGACGUAGUCGAUUGCGGUGCAAACCGGCCACCUGCAUCGUCGACCUGAACGCGACUCUUCGCGUCGUGUGGGAUGUGUCGUUGUUGACGACCUGUGGUGGUCCUGAAGUGAGAAGAGGGGGGG